UCCCCCACUUAGAUCCGGAUCAUCUUCAACCUCCUCCUCACAGCCCAGUCGAUUGCCGGAGACCUGCAUGCACCCAAGGCUCUCAUAACCAUCAGAUGUGUGCUGGAGCCUGGAGGGCCUCGAAGGUUGGAGAGGAUCCGGACGACCAUAUAUGUGCGCCCACCUUAUCACGUGUCAAAACGAGACAAGAGAGAGAGAGAGAGUGCUGUGUCACUCUGCUCCCUCCCUCCCUCCCUCCCUCCCUCCCUCCCUCCCUAUCUUGUCUGGCUAUUUGGAAACCAGAUAUCCGUCUGGCUGAUUGGAAAGCUUUAUCGAAUUUAGUUUCCCACCGAUGAUGAUCGAUUACUAAGCCCUCAGAUCCGUCGCGAAACCGAGAUAACGAUCGGAUUUUCUGUCCUCCGGCAGGCAAUGGCAUCACGGUAUUGGGUGGUCUCUCUUCCUGUUGAGACAUCUGCUUCGUCUUUAUGGAGCCGUUUGCAAGAAGCGAUCUCCAAACACUCUUUUGAUACUCCACUAUACAGGUUCAAUAUACCCAAUCUGCGUGUUGGAACUCUAGAUUCUCUUUUGUCACUCAGUGAUGAUCUUUUGAAGUCUAAUAUCUUUGUUGAAGGAGUAUCUCAUAAAAUAAGGCGUCAGAUUGAGGAAUUGGAGAGAAUUUUGGGUACAGAAAGUGGCGCUUUGACGGUAGAAGGUGUUCCUGUUGAUUCUUACCUAACAAGAUUUGUGUGGGACGAAGCAAAGUACCCUACAAUGUCUCCUCUCAGGGAAAUUGUGGAUGGCAUUCACCAUCAAGUAGCCAAAAUUGAGGAUGACCUCAAGGUUCGUGUUGCUGAGUAUAAUAAUGUGCGCAGUCAGCUUAACGCAAUAAAUAGGAAGCAGAGUGGGAGUUUAGCUGUUCGAGAUCUUUCUAAUUUGGUGAAGCCUGAAGAUAUUAUUACUUCAGAUCAUUUGGUGACACUCCUUGCAAUUGUUCCCAAGUUUUCACAGAAGGACUGGUUGUCUAGCUAUGAAGCUGUUACAGACUAUGUAGUUCCCAGGUCUUCGAAGAAGUUGUAUGAGGACAAUGAAUAUGCUCUUUACACUGUAACCCUAUUUAGACGUGUUGCUGAUAAUUUCAAAACAAGUGCACGUGAAAAAGGAUUUCAGAUUCGUGAUUUUGAGUUUAGUCCAGAGGCACAAGAAGGUCGAAAGAAAGAGUUGGAAAGAUUGAUGCGAGAUCAGGAAACUUUGAGGAGCUCACUUUUGCAGUGGUGCUAUACCAGUUAUGGAGAGGUAAAAUUUUGUUUCUCUGUUUGUUGUUUUGACUCUUAAGUAUCUUCUAUAGUUUCUGAAACUCAUGGUAUUUUCCUUCUAGAGGUACUGAAAAAUUGAUAUGUACUGAAGCCAGUUCUUUUAAUGGAAAGAUACGUGAAAAAAGCUUCUUCUGGAAAAUUGUCUUACGCUUUUGACAUAAGUAUAAUGAACAGGAAAUCAAUAUCCUA